AUGACUACACGAGUAGGCACUAGUUAUUAUCAUCAGGAUUCAAGAAACUCAUCAGGCUUUCUUGGUUUCCUUUCUCUCCAAGUCUCGUAAUCCAAAUCCUCAACUCCACAAUUUCUCCAUCGCAGAAAAUAAGGGAACCAAAAAAAAAAAAAAAAAAAACAAAGAGUCUGGCUUUUUUCUCUUCUCUCAUCAGUCUUUGCCUUCACUACGAAUAACCAUUGUUGAACCUCUCUGCUGCUCCAGCGGCAAGCAAUCAUGGCGGUUCGAGCCGUUAACAGCUGUUCAAUCUUUCGCUCCACUUCCUCUCCUCAGCUCUCCUCCUUCCGAUACUUUCCUUUCCAUUUCAGAACCUUGCACUGGUGCUCUUACUCUCAGUUAGGGUUUUAUUUCCCCGUAUCUCGGACCAAAAAGCAGGUUUUUGGUCAUGGCUGUCUUCGUAGUUACUCCGUUCAGAGUUUCGUGGAUUCUGUCAUGGAGGAGUUCAAAGCAUUGCGCAGACGGAGGAGAGUCUGCGCUACCUCCAAAGCAGAAAUGUUGACCAAAGAGAUUCUAGAAGAUAAACUUGUAAACCGAACGCUGCAGGAAGGAUUGCUGCUGGAGUUCAAGAAGGAUUCUGAUAGGGUAUUGCUUGCUGUUGCUCAGAGACCUGAUGGCAAGAAGAAUUGGAUGGUCUCUGAUCAGAAUGGUGUAACGUCAUCCAUUAAACCCCAACAAAUUACGUAUAUUGUUCCAGGUGUUGAGAACUUUGACCACACUGAAAUUCCAGACUUCAUUCAGAAAGCUCAGAAUAAUUUGGAUCCUACACUCCUAGAGUUUGCUUGGGUUGAGAUUCUGGAAAAAAAUCAGUCAGUUACAGCAGAAGAAUUGGCUGAGAUGAUUUUUGGUAGCAAGGAGCCUCUUGAGAGCUAUUGUGCGCAUCUUUUGCUUUCAAAAGAUGAAAUAUAUUUCACCGUGCUAGAGACAAAAGGUUCGGUCUCUAUAUAUGGGCCUCGACCUACUUUACAGGUAGAGGAACUUUUACGCCGGAAACUCAUGAAGGAGGCAGCUGAGGAAGAACUGCAGGAAUUUGUACAACUACUGAAAUCUGCUAAGGCAAUGCCGUUAGAUGCUAAGCCUCCCAAAUCAUCUUGGAUUACCGAAGAAAAAAUUAGAGACAAAAUCAAGUCUCUUGAGGCUUAUGCUAUUGAUGACUGCAGAAAUGAUGACCAAAAGAAAACUGCUGGAGCGAUCCUUAAAGCAAUGGGGCUGGCUAAAACAGCAUCAUCAGCAGUAAAUCUUCUCAUGAAUAUUGGGUAUUUUCCUGUACAUGUCAACCUUGACCUAUUAAAGUUGAACAUCCCCACUGAUCACUCAGAUGAAGUUAUAACAGCUGCAGAAAGUCUUCUGUCAGAGUCAUCUGAUAAAGAUGAGAUUGAUAGAAAAGAUCUUACUCACUUGAAGGUUUACGCCAUUGAUGUUGAUGAAGCUGAUGAGCUUGAUGAUGCCCUGAGUGCAACAAGGCUUCAAGAUGGACGCAUAAAAGUUUGGAUUCAUGUUGCAGAUCCAACAAGAUUUGUUGAUCCAGGAAGCAUUGUAGACAGGGCGGCUAUGAAAAGAGGUGUCUCAGUUUUCUUGCCCACUGCCACCUAUCCUAUGUUUCCAGAAAAGCUUGCCAUGGAGGGUAUGAGUUUAAAACAAGGAGAGAUUUGCCAAGCUGUUACAGUAUCUGUUGUGCUACAUUCUGAUGGCAGUAUCUCAGAGUAUUCAGUUGAGAACUCAGUCAUUAAACCAACCUAUAUGCUGACAUAUGAGAGUGCAUCUGAGCUACUUCACUUGGAUCUAGCAGAAGAAGCUGAACUGAAAAUUCUGUCAGAGGCUGCCAAACUACGCUUACAAUGGCGUCGCCAGCAGGGUGCAGUUGACACAGCCACAUUAGAAACACGCAUCAAAGUGGCUAAUCCUGAUGACCCAGAGCCUACAAUUAAUCUUUAUGUUGAAAACCAAGCAGACCCUGCGAUGAGACUUGUAUCUGAGAUGAUGAUACUCUGUGGAGAAGCUAUGGCCACUUUUGGUUCUCACAAUAAUAUUCCUUUACCCUACAGAGGACAGCCCCAAUCAAAUAUUGACACGUCUGCAUUUGCACAUCUUCCAGAAGGACCUGUUAGAACUGCUGCCAUAGUUAAAAUAAUGCGUGCUGCUGAAAUUGAUUUCAGGAAUCCUAUACGUCAUGGAAUUUUAGGGCUUCCUGGUUAUGUUCAGUUUACAUCUCCCAUUCGUCGAUAUUUGGAUCUUCUUGCACAUUAUCAGGUUAAAGCAUUCCUUAGAGGUGAAUCUCUUCCUUUCACAGCUGGUCAGCUGGAAGGGAUAGCAUCUUUUAUAAAUAUGCAUGCUAGAAUGGUGAGGAAGCUCUGCAGCAGUGGCCUUCGGUAUUGGAUAAUAGAAUUUCUGAGAACGCAACCGAAAGAAAAAAGAUAUCAUGCACUGAUUCUACGAUUCAUUAAAGAUCGUAAUGCAGCUUUAUUGCUAGUGGAGGUUGGACUUCAAGCCUCUGCAUGGGUGUCUGUAGCACAGGUUGGAGAUGAAGUAGAGGUUCAAAUAGAAGAAGCUCAUCCACGAGAUGAUGUGCUUUAUCUUAAGGAAGUUGUUUAAAGGAUGCUGAGAGAUAUUUGUGCUUGGAACAAAUCACCGGGUGCAAUGAUUUUGUGUAAGCAUCGUCCUUUUCUCCACAUCGGCUGCCGAGUCACUGUUUUGUGGGAUGUUACGAGAUCGCUCAAAUCCUUGGCCACUGUAUAAAUGUUUUUGUGACAGAAAACCAAUGCAUCAUCAAAUGCAGUCUUUCAAGUGCUUUUGAAGCUCAUAAUUUGCAACAGAUCAAAUAUCACUCACAAUGGCAUAAAAGGACAUCCUUCGAAGUUUUCUCUGUCGAACAAGUGUCGACCGAACUAUCCACUCAGAUGUGCAGGAAUUGCCUCCAAACUUCUACUUGGGGUAAAGCCUAGAUCCAAUAGGUUCUGUGUGGCAAAUUGGCAGCCGAGUUCUUGAGGUAUUGGUCAGAGAAUACAAUUCACUAAGCACUGGUCAGCUUGUUGAUUCAUAGCAGGAUGCUAAUUGUUCGACAUUUUGGUAAGGCAUGCAUACAAAAUUAUUUAGCAUACGAUACAAGUAGACAAAAUAAUGCUACAUCACUUGUGUUCAAGAUUUAGUAAAAGCUUAUAUGAUUGUAACUACAUUUUACUAUAUAGGGAAAGUGGAAGUUUCGACCACCAAGUUGAAAAAACAGAAUGUUGAAAUCUCAUAGGUAUUGAAUAUCCUCCGUUAUUUUCACGAGAUUCUAUUCACAUGAUUUUUAAUGACAAAACAUGGUUGGAUAUUUUGUCUAAGGGUUUUCACAUGUUGUAAAAGAGCUAGCAUUGAAUGUAACAUUUGGUGAAGGGGUUGUCUAAUCAUGCACAAUGCAUGUGGAGUGUACUCGCAAUUAGUGUAGUAACAUGACCCAAGUGCAACUUCUUUUUCAUUUUUAUGAAACCGACUCUUUUAGCC